AUGGUCUCAGUAGACUAUUAUCGCGUGCUCAACGUCGCCAGAACUUCAUCGUUUAAGGAGAUCAAGACUGCCUACUUCGGACUGGCAAAGUCUCUGCAUCCAGAUGUGACCGGCAACGACGAGUCCAAGGCAGAGCGCUUCAAGCAUGUGAGCGAGGCCCAUUCCGUACUAUCAGACCCUCAGAAACGGCGUGAAUACGACGCAUCCCGUCCGGCUGAAAGCUUCCGCUCCUACGACACAUCGGGGACGACUCAGCAUCCCUACGUUGCAACGGGAGGCGCACCCGACCUCCGAGCGCGUCCGCUGUAUGGCAUUAACGAAGAAAUCUGGCUCGCUUACCACUACGGACCAGAGGCGGCUCGACGCAACGCAAUGCCGCCGCGCUAUUAUGGCAUGGACGUGGUGGAGGAGAAACUGGAGCAGCAACGUGAACGCAUCCGACGUCGUCAGCGACACUUCAAACUUAAUCGCACGUCCGGGUACUUCAUGCGACGAGCAGCUCGCCUGAAGAAACACGAGGAAGAGCAGGCUGAGGCCGAGGCCACACGUGAACGGGAGAAAGGCAAACCCAACGAUGGUUGUGCCAUCAGUUGAAAUGCCAUCGCAUCAGCCAACUACUUAGAGAUAAAGAGCGACACGUGUGCAGAAUAACUAUCUAUUGAAACUUGAGCUACC